CAUUUCUAUGCGUAACUUAGGAAAUUCAAAUGAGGCACUAUUUGCAAGUCAGGUUUUUAAGCUGCUCCAUUCACAUGCAAAUACUGGAAGACAACAACAACAACAACCAGUUCUGCAGCACCGAAGUCCAACACCCUACAAUGUGGACCCGUGCCAGUUCAGGCCAGCCCAUCUUUGUCCAUUAAUAAUGUGGAUCAUUAUGUAUCAUGUGAUUGUCUCCUUCAUUUCACUCAACACGGAAAUGAUUUCCACUAGCUGGAACCCGGAGUUAAGUGUGAGCAGCAUUAUCUCCAGCCCCCCCAGCCUAAUGAAGACAUUUCUCUCUCCAUGGCUCCUGUAGCCUUGGAGCUGCUUUCAUUCACUGACCGAGGACUUGGUUCAGGUGCAUGGAGGACGACUUGGCUGCGCGCGGAGACCGGGGCAUAAAUUCAGGUCAGACUUGGCUUUGAGAGCUCAAGUGAAAUGUAAAACAGGAGGCAGACAGCAAGUGAAGCGUGAACCACAGGCAGGCAGUGAUAACACCCGGCCAGCUGAAGCCAGCAGACACUUAUUCCACUUCUUCCACUUGGACGCUAUUAAGUCGACGCUCAAACUUCCAGCCGGCGCAGAGGAGAGGAGAGCAGAGGAGAGCAGAGCAGAGCAGCGGAGAACUGGAGAGCAGAGGAGCACUUCUUUCACUUCUCUCUUUCUCUUCAUGGCUCAGCGCGCAGCUCACCCUGCAGUCCCCAUCGCGCUCCUGCUCUUUGGACUUGUUGCAAUCCUGUUACUCACGAUCCGCACUCAAGACAUCCAGGAGGCUCCGGGGUUCAUGUAUGGGAUUGUCUUGGAUGCUGGAUCUUCACACACAGCUUUGUACAUCUACAAGUGGCCAGCAGACAAGCAGAAUGGCACAGGCGUGGUCACCCAGCACAGUGAAUGUCAUGUCAAGGGUGGAGGAAUCUCCAGCUAUGCAGGCCAGCAGGGAGCUGCAGGGAAGAGCUUAGAGGUUUGUCUGGACCAGGCCGUGAAGGAUAUCCCCAAAGAAAGACACAAGCUCACACCUGUGUACCUGGGAGCCACAGCUGGCAUGAGGCUUCUGCAUAUGUCCAGCCCGGAGCAGUCAGAUCAGAUUCUACAGGAAGUGGGCCACAAGAUCCAGUCCUACCCUUUCAGCUACCAGGGCGCAGCCAUACUGAGCGGUCAGCAGGAAGGAGCGUACGGCUGGGUCACUGUCAACUAUCUCUUAGAAAACUUCAUAAAGUAUGGCUUUGUGGGGCGCUGGUUCAGCCCCGGCAGGCCCACAGUGGGAGCUCUGGAUUUUGGCGGGGCGUCGACCCAGAUAACGUUUGCCACUCAGGAGGAGGUGGAGGACAAACAGGACAUGAUAAAGCUGCAGCUCUACGGCCAGGAGUACUCACUGUACACACACAGCUUCCUGUGCUACGGACGGGACCAGGUCCUCAAGAGACUGCUGGCCCACAUUUUAAAGUCUCAGGGUAACUCAGGCUCCAUCACUCACCCCUGCUACCCUGCAGGCCACAGUCAAACUUUAAAGUUGAGCAGCAUAUUUAACUCUCCUUGUACAGCAAAGUCCAAACCCAGCUCCUAUGACUCUGAAGCGUCUGUAACACUACAAGGCAGCGGUCAGUAUGAACACUGUCUGGGCAACGUGUCCGAGAUCUUCUCCUUCAACAGCUGCCCCUUCUCCCAGUGCUCCUUUGAUAAAGUUUUUCAGCCAAACGUCACCGGCAGCUUCAUGGCGUUCUCUGCAUUCUUCUACACUCACUCCUUUCUGCAGCACAUCACUGGCAUCACCGUGAACACUCCUCCUCAGCUGGAGGAGGCAGCCAGAAGUGUGUGCAGCAUGACCUACGAUCAAAUGCUGCUUCUCGCUCCGGAUCAAAAGUCUCGUUUGCAGGAUUACUGUGCUUCCUCUGUGUUUGUUAAUGUUCUCAUGUUGAGAGGAUACGGCUUCGAUGAGUCAUCAUUCCCACGUAUUUCCUUCCAGAAGAAGGCAGGGGACACCUCGGUGGGUUGGGCCCUGGGCUACAUGCUGAGUUUGAGCAACCUGCUUCCUGCAGAGACAGUUGGGCUGAGGAAGGCCCUGACCCCCGCAGCAUGGGGCACACUUAUCUGUCUUUUUGUCCUCCUGCUGGCUGCCGUCAUAAUCUUCAUCUUAAUCCGAGCACGUGAUGGGAAGAAGAAAGGAGGCGGUGAAAGCCCGAUCUAAACAUUUCAACACCAUCCAGUGCAGCCAGAAGACAGACACACAGUUCUGUGUUUUUGUAUUGAAGCGACUGUACUCCAAUAAGGUUGUUUCCUUAUUGAUGUGUUUACAGCGCAUCACGUAUGUCUUUCUACACACAGCCUCCAAUUCCAGUUUAACGCAGCUGGAUACUUCACUGUUCAUUCAUCCCAGUUUAUCUUUGUCUUUUUCAACACAUUGACUUGAUUUGUAAGUUUUUCUGUCAUUUCUUUUGUGAAGAUUUGGAUGAUGUAAAAAAAUCUGCUGCUACUCAAAACAUGACCUGAAUCUAAUUUUUCUCUUAUUUUAAAUCCAUCAAGAGAGCAGAGCUGACCCAAUAAAACGUAACACUGAUCUAA